CUUUGGUGUGCUUGGUCUGCCAAGCUGAACUGAAGAAGAGCCAAUUCAAAGGGUUCAAGGUUGGACAAUUGUGAGGCAGCCGCUUGAAACCCAUACAGCCGCUUAAUUUGUAAUCUCUGGAAAGGUGGGAUAGCAGCCAUUAUGCAGAUACUAGUGGCCCCUUAAAUCGAGUCCUUUUUGUGUGAAACUUCAAAAUUUAUUAAGGGAAACGGCAUGGACUGGAUCUGGGGAAAGACGCUAGAGUUUUGGUGUUCAUUCUUCGACAUUGAGGAUAGAGACUUCUCUUUGGAAGAUUUAGUACCACGAUCAGCGUCUCUCUCAGAAGGAUCUCGGUCCUCGAAGAGGGCAUGUCGCGUUAGAUUCAGUCGUAGCACAUUGCGGGUAACUCAAGCUCGGGACAUUCAGAGUUUGGCGUCCACCAAUCCAUUCUUCAACUUCCUGCUCCUGCAGCGGAUUCGGCAGAGGGGCUUGGUGGGCCUCAACUACCUGGAAGUGGUGAGGAAUGACCGAAUUGAUGAGGAGAGAAGUGCAUGGGACUCGAUGGAUGAGAGGAAACGAGCUCCCUAUGUCAAUCUAGCCAAGAACGUUCAGACGCAUCAAUCGGCGAUGUUUCAGGACCAGAGGAGGCUUGAGGAACGAGGCUACAAGAUCCGAAGAAGCGUAUUGGCCGCAAAACGAUAUAGCCAUGGUGAGAGCCCAGAGAGCACUUGAGAGGCGUCGGGCCAGCUGCGGCGUCC